CCUCUGCAGAAACCGGAAGUCCGGAAACAGGAAGUCAGGAAACAGGAACAAUCUCGGGAAGAAGUGACAGAAAAGUUCAUCAAACAUGAGCCGAAUUUACCACGACACGUCUUUACAGAACAAACCGGUUCACAACGAGACCUUUGACCGUGUUUGGUCUCCGUCCGCGUAUGAAAGCGGCGCGGGGGUUCUUCUGGAAGGGAAGCUGCUGGACGUCUCCAGACAUGCGAUCAGUGAUGUCAAAAAUCAAAAGGUCCGUUUCUACGUGCUGUACGUGAAACCCAGCCGCAUCCACCAGAGGAGGUUCGAUGCCACGGGGAAUGAAAUUGAACCAAACUUCAGCGACACCAAAAAGGUCAACACCGGCUUCCUCAUGUCCUCCUACAAAGUGGAAGCGAAAGGCGAGACGGACAUUCUGUCCCACGAGCAGCUGUCCACGAUGGUGGACAAAGACGAGCUGAUGAAAAUAACCAACAAGCACCGGCCCAGCGGCACCUGGGCCUUCUGGUACCCGGAGACGGAGAUGGACAAAACCGAGCUGGAAACAGGACAGGACGUCCGACUGAAGACCAGAGGAAACGGUCCUUUCAUAUUCUCUUUAGCCAAAGUGGACGGAGGCACAGUGACCAAGUGCAACUUUGCCGGGGAUGAAAAUGCUGGAGCUUCGUGGACGGACAAGAUUAUGGCCAACAAAUCAGAAACAGGCAACACAAACACGUCUGGAGACGGAGAGGGAGCGGGGGAGGAUGAGUGGGACGAGUGAGUAAACCAUCACUCGUCAGCCCGGACCCGGGGCCUCGCUCCAGCCUCCGGGGUUGAACUGCUUCAACUUGGCCCCGGGCCUGUUUAUCUGUCUUCGGACUGGACUCCCACAUUCCACUGGGCUGUUGCAUAAGGGGCCGUGGGGCCUGACAUGCUGCAGAGCACGACUUGACUCUUUCAGCGGCACGGAGAGAAUCCAGCUGUCGGUUGUGAUGCAGAAACCGAACCUUGUGUUUUUACUUUGGAUCAAAUCCACACUUUUAUAUGACUGUAAAUACUCCUGUCGUCACAGACACUAAAACAAUGGAAAAACAACACCCCCGCACCCUGCUAUUAAAUAUUAUAUUGAAAAUACCUUUUGCAGCAUUCCUAGUCCUUCAGGUUAUUUCAAGAGAGACACAAACUAUUUUAGAUGUUUUAUGUCUAUGUCUGCGUUUAUUUGUCUGUUUGUCAACAACAUUACAAUGAAACCUUUGGACAAAUUGUCACAAAA